CCUCGCUCGAAAAAACUUUUUCAGACCGCGCGGACGGAUGCGGCUCCACGGCCAGGCCAGGACAGCGAACAGCGGCUACGACGAGGAUAUCCGCUGCAUCAGACGCAUCUGCAGCAGCUCCUGAACGACCGCAAGCACCCUCCCGCCCCCGACGCUGCUCCAAACACAGCCAUGGACUACCAGUCUGCUCAAGGAACCGCCGUUCAGCGGCCCCAGCGCAUCGAGAUCGCCUAUACCUGCGGCGAGUGCGGUGCCGACAACGAGAUCAAGCCGCGAGAGCCCAUCCGCUGCAAGGAAUGCGGCCACCGCAUCAUGUACAAGAAGCGAACCAAGCGCAUGGUCCAGUUCGAAGCCCGAUGAACGAUUUCAGCGCCGAGCCAUUCGCUCGCGAGUGGCUGUCAACUACCCGUAUCAUUCCUCCCCCUCCUCCCUCCUGAUCUCGCCACUGGAAAGACGCACUGGUUUCGCAGAUUCCAAGUAGCUCGGCCAGCGCAUCAACUGCAUCGCCGCUCUCGGUGCACAUUCUCCUCUCGUUCGCACUUGAUUCUGCUCUCGUUGGUGACCCCCCUGGCUGUGCAUGUUGUUGCGCAGUGAUGUCGAUCGAUAAGCACCCAAUUUCGUUCGGGAGACUUUCAACGAGAGGGCUUGUCCGCUCUCUCCUACACACGCAUAAUAACACUGUCGAUCCAUGAGCUGUGACGAGUA